AUGAUACAGAGGCACGCGCGUGUUUUACUAUCGUCGGCUCGCUUGCUCGCGUUAGGCAAGAUGGCGGCCGCGUUAGAUCUACAUCUUGUUGCGUGGUUGGCCGGCGAGAGAGAGAGAGCUGCUAGGGUCGAUAACGCGGUGCUUUGUAUUAAAAGACUUCAUGAUGACUUCGCGUGGCCGUAUCCUGCUGUCACGGACACUGAACAUGUUUGUGGCGAUAGCGGUUACGUCAGUUUACCGCUGCGAACCGCACCACCAUUAUCACCGGAGCCCGCGAGAUCGGUGGGAUCGUGUAGUGUAGCGGAGGGGGGCGGGGUGGCGUGGGCGACGGAGGGGGGCGAGGAGAGAAGAUACGCCGCGCUCAUGGAACGAUUACAUCUGCAUCAGGCGACGAGAGGAUCGCACUCAGCACACGUACAACUACGAUACUUCCUUCAAUUGAUGACGGAGGCCAGUUGCGUUGAAUGGGCAGCACUGAUAGCGGUGGUGUUGAGGGACGCACUCGCUGUGCUGCGGUGCUGCAACGCGGCGCGGUCACACGACGUCGCCCUCCCCGCCGUGCGCCGGCUGCGGGCCGCGCUGCAACAGUUGGCCGCGUGGACCGACGCCGAGUGCGUCGGCUACAAACCGUUCAUGUUGGCUAUCAGCAACCAAGUGCCGUUCCUCACGUCUAUAAUCAACACACGAGAGCGCCGGAUGUCGAUGAUAAAAUCUCGGGUAAGGACUUCUAGUACAGGCUCAUUGAACCAAGAUACUAAGUCACCCGUGCAAGAGACUAAAAUACCUCCACCGCAGAAAGCUCAAGAAGUAAUCAAACAAACUAUGAGGAAAGAAUCUCCCGCCGCUCAAGAGCCAAUAGUGCCCGCGACGGUGGCGCCACAGCGUCCGCCGCCGUCACCGCGCGAUGACGUGUCAUCCGGAUGUGCCAUAAUGUAAAUACGAAUGUGGCACAGUAAAACCGAACAAAUAUGGCGUGUCGGUAAACUAGAACUACUGCAGAUUGUUGAUCGAAAUGAUUGAAAUUUAUAAUCAAUCACGCUUAGUGUAACAUCUCACUCACAUUCUAUUAUCUAUCUCAAGUCCAAUAUUAUUAUACAUAUGUCGCCCCACCAUUGAUUUGCGAGGAAGGCAGAGCAAUAUUGGAGUUUAGUUGGAUGGUACAAUAUCUAAUUGCAAGUAGUUAAGAUUCUAUUAAGAUACGAUUAUUACAUGAACAUUAUUAGAAUAAACCUACUGGAUUUGCCGCGCUGCCGACAUUAGUGAGUCAUAUUAGUUGUGUUUUACUGUACAUUGCAUUUUUGUGAUUUUAUUCCACCGAAGUCACUUUUUUCAUAAAUGAAAAUAUAUAUUAAAAUACUAUAACAAUAAAGAGGAGUGAGAUUAAAGUUUUAAAUAAAACAAGUACUUUAUAGUGUAGAAUGGCAUUUUUUAUGAAUUUACACGAUAAAAAUUAGAGAAAUUUUGAAACAGUAUAAAAUAUGUAAGUUAAUCACCUAUUCCGAAAAAGACGCGUUAUCAGAGAAAAUAUCUUUAGUUUAAAUUGGACUAGUUCUAUAUUAGUUUGAAGUUAGUUACUAAGAUGAUAAUUGAUUUUGAUUAAAUUCAGUAAGGUAAAAGAGUUAUUUCAAUUCAUAUUUUCACAUUAGAUGGGAUUUUUAUAAAUAAAUUAUUACUAACAUCUUUAAAAUAUUUAUAUAUUUGUUACUUUUUUAUUCUUCGUAUUAAUAUUGAUAGUGGAAUAACACUUUUAUUUUCUCCUUAUGAUGAAUUUUAAAAUGGUGCAAAUAUACCUUAUGGUCAUAAAAAGUAGUCAGAAUAGGUUUGUAACUUAAAAGUAAUAAAUAUUUAGGUGCUCAUUUGGAAAUGUCUUGAUAUCGAAAAUAUACUUCAUCAUCCAUCGAUAAUAUAAGCUUCAUUUGUCUCUAGUCUUCUUUAGUAUGUAAUUUAUUUAUUCCUAAAUAGGUACACAUUUAUGUAUUGUAUGAUUUUUGUUAUAAUAUCUAACUAUGCUGAUCUUAGAACAAGCGACAAAAGAACAUUGAUUUAAAGUAUUAUAUGAAAGUAACUGAUACAUAUUGCUCCUCAUAGAACUCUGUAUUGUUUUCGAGAAUUAUUGUGUUUUGUUGUAUGGGAUGCUAUAGGUCACUAACUCCACCCUGUACAACAAUAAGACAGUAAUACGCGGAAACGAUGCAGAGUUCUAUGGACAGCAAUACGUAUCUCUUACUUUCAUCGCUCAAAUAAUACUUUUGGGUUAUUUACCAUUUCAUCGCCUACCUUAACAACAGUCUAUAUAGAUAAUGAAUUAGUAUGUACUUACGGAUAGUAAAAUAACAAUUAUAAAAUAGAAUAAUUAUCUGAUAAAUUCAUCAAGUGUCUUUGACUAGAAAUAGUUUAUAUUCGCAUUAGUUUCAUAAUAUGUAGUAUGUUUUAACACAGUUAGCAUUAUAACACUAGACGUCAAAUUGGUUAGAGGAAAUAUAGACGAGUAUAUAUUGAGCUACCGUUAUAUGACGCUGAGUGACGUCACUGACACGUUGGUAAAAUAAA